CUCUGCCCAAUGAGAGGCGAGCUUGUACAGAGUGCUGUUGGCGGCGUUAGCUGAGUGGUGUGCGGUUCGCCCUGGCCCGGGCAGGGUGGCCUCGGUGGCAGCCGAGCUCUCCGCGCCUCCUGCUCGCUGUCAGGGCGGCCGAUCGUCGCAGGGGUGCCUGCCCGGAGUUCAGUGGGAGCUGGCCGGUCGGAGACGGCUGCCUCGCCCACCCGGUCCCCUGCCCGCAUCUUCGGCCUGGGCCCUAGCGCGGCCUUGUGGAGCUGAGGCGGGAACUGCUCCUGCAGAGUUGGGGUCCGCGGCGGCGUCGAUGCUCUCCCUCAGCAGCGUCCUGCGUGCAACUGCCGUGUCCGGUUUCGCUCGGGCAGUCGCCGUGUUUUCUUUCACAGUUGCUUUUUCCUCCCCGCCUGCCCCGUGUGCUCUCCAGCGCUGCCCGCCCCUCAGCAAAGUGUCUGUCAAGUGUUGGUCCCUUCUUCAUCCUCUUAACAUGUCCAACAGUUAUAAUGUUAAGUUAUACCACAGCAAAGCUCUCACCUCCCCAUAUCCAGGAUCACAUGUUGAACGUAGCCAAGUUCCUGAAGAUAAAGUGGGCUGGAUGACUGAGUGGAGAGAUUAUAAUCCUGUGGAGUACACUGCAAUGUCUGUAUUGUCUGGACCCAACUGGGCAGAUCCCCAAAUCAAUGAUAAAGGCUUUUCUCCCAAAUUUAAUGAGAGAGAUGGAGAAGUGGAGAGGAAGAGUCUGAAUGGCUUGUAUGCAGUCGAAAAUGGGAGGCCCCGAAAUCCAGCAGGAAGGACUGGUCUCACAGGCAGAGGACUGUUAGGACGCUGGGGGCCAAACCAUGCUGCUGAUCCUGUUGUAACUAGGUGGAAGAGGGAUGGAAGUGGCAGUAAAGUUGCUCAUCCGGUAACUGGCAAAAACAUCUUACAGUUCGUAGCUAUCAAGAGGAGAGACUGUGGGGAGUGGGCCAUUCCAGGGGUAAGAGCAAAAGCUCCAGAGACAGUUGACAUUUCCCUUCUGGGGAUGGUGGACCCAGGGGAGAAGAUUAGUGCUACCCUGAAGAGAGAAUUUGCAGAGGAGGCCUUGAAUUCUUUGCAGAAAUCACCUGAGGAGAAAAGGGAAUUGGAGAAACGUCUCCACAAGCUGUUCAGCCAGAAACACUUUGUGGUGUAUAGAGGAUAUGUGGAUGACCCUCGUAACACUGAUAAUGCCUGGAUGGAGACAGAGGCUGUCAACUAUCAUGAUGAAACCGGUGAGACAAUGGAUAAUUUGCCUCUGGAAGCAGGUGAUGAUGCUGGAGUAGUGAAGUGGGUUGACAUCAGCGAGAAGCUCAAGCUGUAUGCAAGUCAUAGCUACUUCAUUAAGCUUGUGGCUGAGAAACGGGAAGCCCACUGGAGUGAGGAUCCUGGUCCGGGGUGCCAUGAGUGAUGGAAACAAGGAACUGAUGGACACAAGAGGAGAGUGUUUUCCAGCUGUGAAAUAAAUGACAUUGACCUUUUUGGUGGAAAGUCAGUGAAAAUUCUAUGAAAUUCAGCUGGCAAAAACACUUGGCAGUGAUAAACAGGCUUUUCUUUUUCAGACUUUAGAUUGCUGCUUUUGGUUUCUUAGCUAUUGUAAAAUAAGAUGAAUGCAGAGUUGUUACCUUGUUUUGCUUUGUCUUCAUUAUUUGCAGCUGUUUCAUAAUAUCUACAGAUUUGCAUGAUGACACUGGGAUUCUGACUGGGUGUAGUUCAGAGGCUCUUCACUGUUUUUGCGCUGGCUUCUUAUUAGGAAUGUGAGUUCUUAAGGGAUAUGAGACUUGUAGGAUGAUAAUUUGAAUGACUUAAUUGCUAAAUAAUAAAAUGAAGUUUC